AUGCUCGGGUUCGGUCUGUUGUUGUUGUUGUGCCUGCAAAAUGUCGCUGCCUGGUACUCCGACGAUGAUUUGAUGUCCUUUGUGACCGUGAGUGGCGCUGGCCCUUCGUGUUUGUGCCCAGAAUUGGAUGGUGGAUCGGCUAAUCUUCGUAUUCUUGUCCAGCUUCCGGAUGUGAGGGCCGUCAAAUUCGACAUCACCUACCAGGACCGCAAUCGUGUCGCGCCGGGCUACUGGUUUGUCUCGCCAUAUUUGCACAUCUCCCCGGAUGAGCCGACCAGCCUGUACGAGCAGUACCAGGUUGGCCCGCAUAUCUACGAUCAAGAUGGGCACCUCAUCUGGACCGGAUCGCCGGUGUUCGAUAACCGCAAUGUCUUCGAUUUCAAGGUUAUUCACAGCAUCGGCAAUGAACCACAUAUCUCCUUAAUCUUGCAGUAUACAAUCGACGGAAGCGAACGUGGAUAUGGAAUGAUUCUGGAUAAGAACUACGAGGUCUUCAAAAAGGUCCCUCUCCGGCAAGACCUAGGCCUCUUCGACAUCCAUGAGUUCAACGUCCUCAAAGACGGAAAGACUGCCCUGGCGACGGUCUAUCUCAAUGAGGAGAUUUCCCUGGCUGAAUUCGGUCGUCCCGAGGAACAGACAUGGCUGGAGACUGGCGGUUUCGCAGAGAUCGAUCUGAAUACCGCCGAGGUGACUUAUGAGUGGAGAUCGUACAACCAAAUUCCCUUGGCAGAGACCGUUCAUUAUGGUCCUUCCUCGGCGGUGGAGGGUCCACCUGGUUGGGAUUACGUGCAUAUCAACUCAGUCGAUAAGAACGACAACGGCGACUACCUGAUUUCUAUGCGCUUCACCAAUACUCUCUACCUAAUUUCCGGUGUGGACGGCCGUAUUAUAUGGCGAUUAAAUGGCCAGCAUAACGGCGACUUCGAGCAGGACUUCACCUUUUCGAAACAACACGACGCCAAAUUUUUGGAAUCCCAGGGCACUCGCCACAUCAUUUCUUUCCUAAACAAUGCAUCCGACGAGGAAUAUGCCGAGGAGGAGGUUUCCUCCGCUCUGAUCAUCGAGGUGGAAUCGGGCACGUUCCCCAUGACCGCUCGAGUGCUUCGUCGCUAUAAUCGCCCGGAUGGCGAUCUCACUCGACUUCGUGGCAAUUCUCAAGUGCUCCCGAACCAGAACAUGUUUGUGUGCUGGAGCCAAGGUGGUUAUAUCUCGGAGUUCUCGGUCGAGGGCGAUCCCCUAAUGAGUGCCCGAUUCACCUCUCCUCGCUACUCGAACUACCGUGCCUAUAAGUUUGAGUUUACUGGUCGCCCUCACACUCCACCCGACGUUGUCUCUUCCGUGAUCGGUACUGACGAGUCGAAUUUGGUCACUACAUUCUGGGUCAGCUGGAAUGGUGCAACUGAUAUCGCUUACUGGAACUUCUACGCCCAGGCAUCCCAAUUCGACAAGCCUGUCUUCGUCGGGAAUGUUUCGAAGACUGAGUUCGAGACCAUGUUCAUCGCGAAGGGAUAUCUCGACUGGGUUACCGUCGAGGCUGUCGACCGAGAUGGCAAGGCUUUCGGUAUAUCCAAAGUGCACCGCACUAGCUUCCCCAACUGGGAGACCUCCGGAUGGAACGGGUAUUCUUCCAGUCCUCGACCAAAUAAUCCAGCAACCAUCCACCAGGAUGACAGUAGUACCACGGCAGAUGGUUGGACCAGUGAUGAGGAUCUUCUCCCGACCGCGGACGAUCCAGCGGAUGCUCAGAUUCGCAAGGCCACGUUGAUGUUGAUGAAUACAUACGAGACCAUGCGAAGUAUUGGAGGCCUCUUCGCCCUGGUCCUGCUUCUGGCCUUGAUGAGCGGUAUCAUGGCGAGCUUUAUGCUGAUUCGUGGCUGGCGGGUCCGGCUAUACCAGCGUGUUCCCAUGGAGGCAAGAUAUCCUGAUUAA